GUUGCACCACUUAUCAAUUAAUGUCAAUAAAUUUUCAUUAUAGUACAUGUUCUAAGUUACCAGUCCAUGAUGGAUAAGAAAAAAAAACAAUGGUAAAUUGCAUUAUGUGCAUUUCUGGAAUACCUCUCCCUGAUAAAAUACCAUAGAGAAAGCUUCAGCCGGUAGUAUGACAGAUAAGUCACCGGUACAGUUUACCCCCUCCAAACAAUGUGAAAGGAUCUGAAGAUACGACUUCUGAACGAAGCACAUGUCCACAAUCAAACGAGACAUUAGCACGCACUGUUCCUUUGUAAACAACUGUUUUAUGAAGUGUCAUCGCGAAAUCGGACGUUUAAUGGUAUUUGAUUUGACAACGAAGUGAAAACGAGACGAUGAAGUUUUUGGUGCUUGGUGCAUUCGCAGUCCUUUUUUGUUCUAUUUGUGCCCAGGAUAAUUCCGAGUCUGAGGACACUACGGACACUCAAAGGGAAAUAAGAGAAUUUAAUCCUGAUAGUUGGCGAGUCGUGCAGAACUACCCAUCCGAAGGUACAUCCGGAUGGAUUCCACACGACUCACAGGAACUGCCGGAACAGUAUCCAAAACGAAGACGCCUACGUAAAAGGAAACGAAGGCCACCAAUGGUCAGUUUAACCGAAUCUUCAUCCGAGGAUUAUCCAAGUGACAGAAUUAUAGUACGCAAAAGACUUCGACCAAUGAGAUUGGAACCGUUGCGCGAACCAUGGGAGGAACUUGAUGAUGAAAUCGUCAGGAGGCCUUACGUACGUAGAAGAGUUGCUCCGACAUACGAGUCGCCUGAUGAUUCAUCCGAUGAGGGAUACGAAAAAGUCAAUAUUAAUCCUAUUGGGGCCACACUGCAGUUCCAGGAGGAGGAAGAUACUACCAGAAAGUACGAAAACGAAGUGAUAUCCAACGGUGAUGUAAAUCAAGAAGAAAAUGUGGUGUAUGGUAAAUCUCAAAAUAUAUCACCAAAUCCACCAGAAGAUACUGUAAGAGAAGACGCUAAUACUCGGCCAACUCCAGAUUUGAAGACUUUACUUAAACAAAACAGUGGAACGUUAAGUUUAAGUGAAAUAUUACAACAGAAAAACUUAUCACUAUCAGAACUGUUAACAGGGAAUGAAAAAGCAAUUUCAGUUUUAACAGAAAAACCAGAAAGUUUGCUUGAACAAGAUAGACAAACAGACAUAAAAUAUCGAAGACUACCACCCUCUAUAGGUCUUAAAAAAUCGACAAGCAGAGUAUUUGUACAACAAGAAGAAUCUACAGAAAGUCUUCUCUCCAGUAAAGAAACUUUAGAAGCUCAACGGAAACGUUUAGCUUUAUUAAACGGAUUUAAGGAGAAUAGAGUGUAUUCAGAUGUGCAUAAAUUUGAUGUAAUCACUGAACCCACCACAGAAAAAAGAAUUUUUGUGCCUUCACAUCCAAAGUAUUAUACUUCUCUCGAUUACCGCCCAGAUAUGAAAAGUAUAGACCCGGUAACUGAACCGUAUACUACUGAAUACGUAACAACUACCUCCACUCCAUUUUUACCCACUAUGAUCACUCAUCCCAGCACAACAACUCAAAAGUUAAUCAGUAGAUCCACGCUUAAACCCAAAUCAAAGUUUGGAUUGCCAAUGACUAAUUCAAAGAUAAUUAAAAUGACAACAAAAGUUAUUAAAGAGGAAGAAAAUUACCCGAAAAUUAGUUUUACACCAAAAGAAAUUAAUGUAAAUACAGUGAAAGGGAUCUUUGGUAAUGAUGAAGAUGAAACCGAAACAAUUAAGGUAACCAAACCAAUAGAAAACACUGAUGGACCUUUCAGAAUGAGUUUAGAUUUGUCAGUUCCUAUCAAUGAUGGAGAAAUAGGGACGACAGAAACUGAAAAACCAAUAGUUACUAGUCCACAACCAGAAAAAUUGAAACAUGUCACGGCUAAAGAGGAAAUCAUGGAAAUUUUGCAGGAUCCUUUAACCAGGGAUAAACUGUCCAGGAUUCUUGAAAUCAGGAAUAUGACAAUUGAAGAGCUUGUCGCCCAAAGAGAACGUGGUUCUAGUCAAUUACAUUUAGCUGAUAUAUUCCAUAAUAAAACGCGAGAACCUGAACCUUUAGAAAACGUAUUUUUUGGACAAAUAAAUACGAACAUGGACGACAUUACAGGCUCUGAGCGAAAGCAGAAAAGCAUGAAUAGUUUUGACAAACCUCCAAUCCAUAAUAAUCCAUUUGAGGAUACGCAUAUUACAACGAACAGUAGAGACAAUUUUAAUACGCAACAACAUAAAAAGCCACAAGAAUCUUAUACGGUUACAAGUUUCCCAACGUAUAAGAUAGAACUGAAUAAAAGUAUUAAAGAUUCCUUUCAGUGGCCAGAAUUGUACCCUAGUCUCUUCCCAAAAAUUUACGAAAAUAAUAAUAAAAACCCGAGACCUGAAGUAAAAGUUCCUUCAACCACUGAACAAUAUGAUAAUAAUGAUGGUGACAUACAAAGGUUAGAAGAAAUUGAGAAUAAAUUGUCUUCUUUGUCGAACAAUAGGUUUAAUGUUGAUGUGGAGCAACAAAAUAGAUUUGGAGUAGAAAUUGAUCAGAACAGAUAUAUUGAACAAGAACACGAGAUUGAAGAGCCUUAUUUUACUUUGCCGACAGGUGUUAAAUCAGCCAUUUUGGCAAGCAUUGCUAUUGUAGGUGCUUCCCUUUUCGUUUUCGUGACCAUUCUGGUAAUAUUCAAGUGGUCCCAGAAGCAUAAGCAGAGGUUAAAUUAUUGCAGUAGUUUAUCUUCAAAAUUUAGGUCUCCUAUUUUGGAUAACGAACCAAAGAGAACAAUAAAAACGUUUAUGAAUGAAACGUUAGGAAAAAAGAAAAAUAAUUAUUACAACUAUAACAAAUCACAUAUACAAAGUAUGUCUGAUGAAAUUUGGGACAAUGAUAGAAAACCGUAUUAGAAUUUAAAAUUAUCAUUUAUCAAUAAGACUUCUGUUAUUUAUUAUUAAUUUUAUAAUUAUUUAUGUGAUCUGUUAUGUGCAAUAUAUUUAGUUUAAAUUAUAAAGACUAACGAGUUAUUUUGAAAAUAUUGUUUUCAUUCGAUGAAUGAAAAAAUAAUGAAAAAUCUACUUUUAAUUAUUUUUAAUUUAGUCAUUUUGUGUAUUCGUUAGAUAUAAAAAGUAGGACUUAUCCACAUUAUAAGAUAUUAGAGUUAAUUAGUGCUGCAUCCAUUUGUUCCUUUAGUGCGACUUAUUUUCUCUGUUAUUUUUUGACUUGUUAUCGUUGUUAAAUUGUUUAUAAUUUUGUAAAAUAAAGAUAUUUCCGCAAA